AUGGCCGACGCGGUCCCGAUUAUCAGUGUCGUGCGCCGCAGGGCUGCUGACACUGGACCUGGCGGGGGUGGGGUUGGGGGUGGGGUUGAGGGUGGUGGUGACGCUGACGACGACGCUGACCACGACGAGCCCCUCGUCGACCUCACUAAAGCCCUGGCCCUGCACUCCAAACGCACCGAGCGCCAGCGCAAGAAACUGGCCAAAAGGGCCGACACGAUUGCGGCCAGGCAUUGGAGCGGGCUGCUGGACAUGCCCUACGAGAUCCUGACGGCCAUCUUGUCCAUCCUGUGCCCCCGAGACGUCUUUGUCCUUUUGCGCGUGAGCAAGCCGCUGCGGAACUUCAUCCUCUCCGACGAAGACACCCUCGCCGCCAGCAUCAUAAGCUUGCGCUAUGCCUCCCUCGAGCGAUGCUUCCUGCGGCCCGUGCUGAUGCAAGACGUCGACUCGGCCCUGCGCGCGGCUGUGCAGAACCCGGACCGACAGGAGAUGACUGUCCACAAAAGGCCGUUCCAACACAUCCAGCCCCCCGACAUGUCCCUCACGUGCACCUGCCUGACCUGCAUGCUGCGAUGGAACUGCCUGUGUCUCGUUGUCGAUUUUGCCCACUGGCAAGGCAACCUUGAGAAGGGCAAGCCCAUCCUCCCCGUCCCCCGCGGGAGACAGCCUGAGUGGAACCAGACCCUCGUCGCCUCCAACGCUGCCGUCGUCGUCAAGUCGCUGCGCAGCCGCCUGUGGCAUGCCAGGAUCCUCGAGGCCCAUCUCGACUCCACCACGCGCUCGAUCCGUCGUCACGGCCUGAACAAGGGCAACCGCCGCCGCCGCUUCCGCAUGACCGACGACGACGUCCGCGCCGGCACCGAUGCCUUCCUCGAGCGAAGCGGGCCCCCGACCCUUGACUUUCCCUUCAACCGUGACCAGUACUACAUGCUCGAGGCCUUUCUCCCCAACCGCAGCUGGAUUUCCGAAGAGCAAAAGUGGGUUUACAUGCUGGCGAAACAGCACGACACGGACCUCGAGAUUCUUAUGAGAUGGGACGCACAGAGACGGCCUCGGAAGCCUCGGGAAAAUAGCCGGGUGAACAGCACAACCCCCAACAUGGAAGAUUUACAUGACCACUUUGGACGGCGCAGCCUGUGGCCGGAGUGGGACGUGUUUCAGUCGCCCGUCAUCGACGUGACCGAGAUAUGGGGGCACGACGAGUCGUCGGCGACCGCGGUCGAGACGCGCGCCAUCUCAUCGGCCGACCUCGACACCUGGCUGGACGCGUCUCGGCGCACGACAAUCAAGGGCGAGAACCACACACGGCUGCUGCGCAUCGUGUGGGUCGGCCAGAACCCGCAGACAUCGCGGCACAGCCCGUCAACCAAGGCGCUAGAGCGGCUACUGGGCGUCUGGGAUCUGAAGGGAGGGUUCGACUACGCGCGGAGCUGCUUCGCCGGCGUCGCGGCACUGCCGAGGCACGACGCCGACAAACCCCCCGUGUUCAGCGUCGCGUACCACCCCAAGCUGGCGCUGGCGUGGUCGCGCACCGGCCGCGACGGGAGCGAUCCCGAGGGUAUCGCGCUGCCGCACACGCAGGCCGUCGUGUUCGCCGAGGGCGACGAGCGCACCGAGCUGCUGCGCAUCCUCCAGUCGCAGUGGAGCGCGCGCGUGGCCCGCCACGUCAUGUUCCCGGCGCUGCUAGCCGGGCUAGUGCUAGGCCACGAGUUGGACUCGACGCUCGACGAGAUCAAGCUCGCGGUGCGGCAGGUCGAGGAGCGCACGGGGCACCACCGCUUCACGUCGCGCCGCCAGACGCAGCCCGCCGCCGGCGAGCUAGGCUCGCUCUCGGCGCAGAUGAGCGGGUGCGCCGCCAAGCUGGCCAACGGCACGCGCAAGCUCAAGGUCGUCGACGCGCUCAACGAGUUCAUGCUGCACGACGCUGCCCUAGCGGGCGACAAUGGCACCACUACAACCUCGGCCGCCGACGACGCGGCCGUCGCGCGCAACAUGCAGCUCCUGCAGCACCGCGCGAGCAUGCAGGCCGUCGACACGGCGUACGUGCAGCAGCGGAUCCAGAUCCAGAUCGCCGCGCUGUUUCACCUGAUCGCGCAGCAGGACAACGCCAUCGCGUUCGACACGGCCAGCGCCACCCGCAGCAUCGCCGCCUCCAGCCUGCAGGACUCGUCCAGCAUGAAGAUGCUGGCCCUCGUCGCCAUGUUUUUCCUCCCUGGCAGCUUCGUCGCUGCGCUGUUCUCGACGCCGCUGUUUGUCUGGGACGACGGCGCGGCCCAGCAGGCGGCGGCAGCGGCGCAUACGGGCCCGCUGGCCGUGGCGACCCGCCCGCAGUUUGCCCUGUUCUGGGCUAUUUCUGUGCCCAUGACUGUGGCCAUCUUCGUGCUCUACGCUGUGUGGAUGGUGCGCCAGAAGAAGAAGGACAAGCGGCGGAGGCGGAAGGGCGUGGAGAUGCAUGUUGUUUGA